AUGGCCUUCGCGACUUUCAAGGAGGAGCUCGAGCAGUUGCAGCUGGAGCAUCGUCUGCAAGAGGAUUUGAGGAAGAAGCGGGAGAUUAUCAUGGGGAAGCUGCAGAAGUCUGCUGAGCAACUGAGAGAGGUCGGCGGCGAGCCGUGCAAGCUCAGCAUCCGGCAUAAAGAAGAUUGGCAGGAGCAGGAGUUCUUGCUGGCGAUGCUGGACGCGGAGUUUGUUCAAGCGGCGAUGGAGCAGAAAGAUUUCAAUGCGAUGUACUACGAUCCAUUGACACUACUGCGAAAUAAGGCCUUCUAUGGCAAGCUGCUUGGGAUGCUGGAAGGAAGGCCGCUGGCCCUCGUGACGGCCGCCGCACACUUGUACAGCUUCAAGCUGGUGAACUACCACUGGCCCCAUGCCCGUGGCGAUGCUGCCAUCACGCAGGUGGCAGACUGCAUUAACGAGUACUGCAGGGCCUUCAACGAACAACAAUCGGACGCCGUGUGCGUUCCCUUCCGUUUUGGCGGCGACGAGUUCGCGAUAGCCUUCAUUUCGCACGAGGAAUCGCACAAGGGCGGAGGCUACAAUCUCCAGGAUCUUUCGGCUAAACUUGCAGCCUUGGAGCUCUGCUUGGACUUCCUAGCAGAGCUGCGCAAGGCCGUCGUUGCUAGCCUGCGGACGGUCUUCGACUUCAGUUGCCUGGACCCCAAGCCCGACCGCAAUGGCAAGGAGCUUAAGGCCCAGGAAAAGGCCGCCAGCGAGCUUAAGGACCUCGCCCGAGAUGACGACAACAGGAUUGCCGCCAGAAAUUCCGGCGCCAUCCCGCUGCUGGUGCAGCUCCUGAGCAGCGGCACCCUGGCGGCACGGGAAGCGGCUGCGGGCGCGCACAAGCGCCUGGCGGCCAAUGACGGCAACAAGAUGGCCAUCGCAACUGCCGGCGCCAUCCCGCUGCUGAUGCAGCUUCUGAGCAGUGGCACGUUGGUGGCACGGGAAGCGGCUGCGGGCGCGCACAAGCGCCUGGCGGCCAAUGACGCAGUGGCACGUUGGUGGCACGGGAAGCGAUGGGAAGCGGCUGCGGGCGCGCACAAGCGCCUGGCGGCCAAUGACGGCAACAAGAUGGCCAUCGCAACUGCCGGCGCCAUCCCGCUGCUGAUGCAGCUUCUGAGCAGUGGCACGUUGGUGGCACGGGAAGCGGCUGCGGGCGCGCACAAGCGCCUGGCGGCCAAUGACGGCAACAAGAUGGCCAUCGCAACUGCCGGCGCCAUCCCGCUGCUGAUGCAGCUUCUGAGCAGUGGCACGUUGGUGGCACGGGAAGCGGCUGCGGGCGCGCACAAGCGCCUGGCGGCCAAUGACGGCAACAAGAUGGCCAUCGCAACUGCCGGCGCCAUCCCGCUGCUGAUGCAGCUUCUGAGCAGUGGCACGUUGGUGGCACGGGAAGCGGCUGCGGGCGCGCACAAGCGCCUGGCGGCCAAUGACGGCAACAAGAUGGCCAUCGCAACUGCCGGCGCCAUCCCGCUGCUGAUGCAGCUUCUGAGCAGUGGCACGUUGGUGGCACGGGAAGCGGCUGCGGGCGCGCACAAGCGCCUGGCGGCCAAUGACGGCAACAAGAUGGCCAUCGCAACUGCCGGCGCCAUCCCGCUGCUGAUGCAGCUUCUGAGCAGUGGCACGUUGGUGGCACGGGAAGCGGCUGCGGGCGCGCACAAGCGCCUGGCGGCCAAUGACGGCAACAAGAUGGCCAUCGCAACUGCCGGCGCCAUCCCGCUGCUGAUGCAGCUUCUGAGCAGUGGCACGUUGGUGGCACGGGAAGCGGCUGCGGGCGCGCACAAGCGCCUGGCGGCCAAUGACGGCAACAAGAUGGCCAUCGCAACUGCCGGCGCCAUCCCGCUGCUGAUGCAGCUUCUGAGCAGUGGCACGUUGGUGGCACGGGAAGCGGCUGCGGGCGCGCACAAGCGCCUGGCGGCCAAUGACGGCAACAAGAUGGCCAUCGCAACUGCCGGCGCCAUCCCGCUGCUGAUGCAGCUUCUGAGCAGUGGCACGUUGGUGGCACGGGAAGCGGCUGCGGGCGCGCACAAGCGCCUGGCGGCCAAUGACGGCAACAAGAUGGCCAUCGCAACUGCCGGCGCCAUCCCGCUGCUGAUGCAGCUUCUGAGCAGUGGCACGUUGGUGGCACGGGAAGCGGCUGCGGGCGCGCACAAGCGCCUGGCGGCCAAUGACGGCAACAAGAUGGCCAUCGCAACUGCCGGCGCCAUCCCGCUGCUGAUGCAGCUUCUGAGCAGUGGCACGUUGGUGGCACGGGAAGCGGCUGCGGGCGCGCACAAGCGCCUGGCGGCCAAUGACGCAGUGGCACGUUGGUGGCACGGGAAGCGAUGGGAAGCGGCUGCGGGCGCGCACAAGCGCCUGGCGGCCAAUGACGGCAACAAGAUGGCCAUCGCAACUGCCGGCGCCAUCCCGCUGCUGAUGCAGCUUCUGAGCAGUGGCACGUUGGUGGCACGGGAAGCGGCUGCGGGCGCGCACAAGCGCCUGGCGGCCAAUGACGGCAACAAGAUGGCCAUCGCAACUGCCGGCGCCAUCCCGCUGCUGAUGCAGCUUCUGAGCAGUGGCACGUUGGUGGCACGGGAAGCGGCUGCGGGCGCGCACAAGCGCCUGGCGGGCAAUCAGUGGCACGUUGGUGGCACGGAAGCGGCUGCGGGCGCGCACAAGCGCCUGGCGGCCAAUGACGGCAACAAGAUGGCCAUCGCAACUGCCGGCGCCAUCCCGCUGCUGAUGCAGCUUCUGAGCAGUGGCACGUUGGUGGCACGGGAAGCGGCUGCGGGCGCGCACAAGCGCCUGGCGGCCAAUGACGCAGUGGCACGUUGGUGGCACGGGAAGCGAUGGGAAGCGGCUGCGGGCGCGCACAAGCGCCUGGCGGCCAAUGACGGCAACAAGAUGGCCAUCGCAACUGCCGGCGCCAUCCCGCUGCUGAUGCAGCUUCUGAGCAGUGGCACGUUGGUGGCACGGGAAGCGGCUGCGGGCGCGCACAAGCGCCUGGCGGCCAAUGACGGCAACAAGAUGGCCAUCGCAACUGCCGGCGCCAUCCCGCUGCUGAUGCAGCUUCUGAGCAGUGGCACGUUGGUGGCACGGGAAGCGGCUGCGGGCGCGCACAAGCGCCUGGCGGCCAAUGACGGCAACAAGAUGGCCAUCGCAACUGCCGGCGCCAUCCCGCUGCUGAUGCAGCUUCUGAGCAGUGGCACGUUGGUGGCACGGGAAGCGGCUGCGGGCGCGCACAAGCGCCUGGCGGCCAAUGACGGCAACAAGAUGGCCAUCGCAACUGCCGGCGCCAUCCCAGGAGCGCUCAAGAACCUGGCGGCCGCUGACAAGAUUUCCAUUGCAACUUCCGGUGCCAUCCCGAUGCGGAGCCUGAUGGCCAACUUCAAUGACGACAACAUGAUUGCUAUCGCAAGUGCUGGCGCCAUCCCGCCGCUGGUGCAGCUCCUGCGCCAUGGCGCGCGUAUGACUCAGGAAAGCGCUGCGGGUGCGCUCGGAAACCUGGCGCUCAGUGACGACAAUAGGAUUGCCAUUGCAACUGCAGGCGCCAUCCCGCUGCUGGUGCAAGUCCUGAGCAACGGCACUCCUCGGGCUGGGGGAAUGGCCGCGCACGCACUCCGGAACCUGGCGGUCAUUGACGACAACAGGAGUGCUAUCGCAACUGCCGGCGCCAUCCCGCCACUGGUGCAGCUCGUUGGCAACGGCACGCCUCUGGCUCGGGAAAUGGCCGCGGGAGCGCUCGAGAACCUGACGGCCGAUGACGACAACGCACUCGCCGCCGCAACUGCCGGUGCCAUCCCGCCGCUAGUGCAGCUCCUGCGUGACGGCACGCCUUUGGCUCCGCAAUGGGCUGCGGGAGCACUCCAUAAUAUGGCCUGCAAGGACGACAUCAAGAUUGCCAUCGCAAAUGCCGGCGCCAUCCCGCUGCUGGUGCAGCUCCUGAGCAGCGGCACGCCUCUGGCUCGGGAAAGUGCCACGGGAGCGCUCCGGAGCCUGGGCGUGCCACAACUGACGGAGUAUCGCGAUCUCGGUGCGGAGAAGAAGAGGAGAAUCUACUUCUGCCUUGCAGAUGGAGCGGGUGUGGGAAUUGUGCUUUUGGUUGGCCUUGGUGCGUUUUUGGCGGGCACUAUGCCAGUUGCCAUAUGGUGCUGCCUGUGA